CUCUCUCUUCUUUUUCAAUACCUCACAUCUCUCUCUUUUCUCCCACAACAAAGAGUUCUAAAGAUCAUUUGCUUCAAGUUGAAACAACCCAUUUGUAUCAUCUUUCUGGCUAUUUUCUUUCUCUAACUCAAAAAAAAAAGAUCAAACCUUUCUUCUUCUUCAAACUGUUGAGUUCCUUGAGGAUGAUGAUGGGAAAAGAAGAUCUCGGUUUAAGCCUAAGCUUAGGAGGGUCUUCACAAAAUAACAAUCCUCUUCAGCGGAAUCUGAAUCAAAACUCUUCUUUAUCAAACAAUCUCCAGAGAUUUCCAUGGAACCAAACAUUUGAUCCUACAUCAGAUCUUCGCAAGAUAGACGUGAAUAGUUUCCCGUCGACUGCGAACUGCGAGGAAGAAACAGGAGUCUCGUCUCCAAACAGCACGAUCUCGAGCACCAUAAGCGGGAAGAGGAGUGAGAGAGAAGGUAUGUCCGGCACCGGCGACGAUCACGACGAAAUCACUCCGGAUCGAGGGUAUUCGCGUGGAACCUCCGACGAAGAUGAUGACGGCGGCGAAACGUCGAGGAAGAAGCUCAGGUUAUCAAAAGAUCAGUCUGCUUUUCUCGAAGAGACCUUUAAAGAACACAACACUCUCAAUCCCAAACAGAAGCUAGCUUUGGCCAAGAAGCUGAACUUGACGGCNAACUUUUUAAACACUGAAGAUCAGUAUCCCUUAGAACCCUAA